AUGAACAGAGCCUCUACCACCGCAAGAGUCCUUGCCCGCGCAUCCUACAAUGUUUCGCUGAGAAUGUACUCCUCGUUGCCAUUGUCCGUGCCAAUCACACUUCCAAACGGCACAACCUACGAGCAGCCCACCGGUUUGUUCAUCAACAACGAGUUUGUCAAGUCUAAGCUGGCCAAGACCUUCCAGGUGUUGUCCCCAUCCACCGAGGAGGAAAUCUCCCACGUCUACGAAGGUGACAAGGAGGACGUCGACAUUGCAGUCGAGGCUGCUUCCAAGGCCUUCCAGAGCGAAUGGUUCAAGGGCGACCCCCUCGACCGUUCGUUGGCCAUCAACAAGUUGGCUGACUUGGUGGAGCAAAACGCUGAAACGUUUGCUCACAUCGAGUCUCUCGACAACGGUAAGUCUUUGGCCAACUCCAGAGGUGAUGUCGAGCUUGUGGUGAAAUACUUACGUUCCUGUGCCGGCUGGACCGACAAGAUUCUCGGGAAUGUCAUCGAAACAGGCGACUCUCACUUCAACUAUACACGCAGAGAGCCAAUUGGGGUUUGUGGUCAAAUCAUCCCAUGGAACUUUCCUCUCUUGAUGGCUGCCUGGAAAUUGGGCCCUGUGUUGGCCACUGGCUGCACCACCGUGUUGAAAACCGCUGAAUCUACUCCUCUCUCUGCUUUGUACUUGGCCAGCUUCAUCAAGGAAGCUGGAAUUCCUGCUGGUGUUAUCAACAUUGUUUCUGGUUUCGGUAAAACUGUCGGUGACGCCAUUGCCAGACACAACAAGAUCAAGAAGGUCGCCUUUACCGGUUCUACCCCGGUUGGUAGAGAAAUCAUGAAGAUUGCUGCUGAAACUAACUUGAAGAAGGUCACUUUGGAAUUGGGUGGUAAGUCCGCCAACAUUGUUUUUGAUGAUGCUAACGUCGAUGUUGCUGUUUCUGCGUUGACCAACGGUAUUUUCUACAACACCGGUGAGGUCUGCUCUGCUGGUUCUAGAGUCUACGUUCAAGAAGGUAUUUACGACGAGAUUAUUGCUGCUUUCAAGAAGGUUGCUGAAGAAGUCAAGAUUGGAGACCCCUUCACCGAGGGCCAAUUUAUGGGUGCCCAAGCCUCUCAAGCUCAAUUCGAAAAGAUCUUGAGAUACAUUGAAAUCGGAAUGGACGAAGGUGCCACUCUUGUUACUGGAGGUACCAGACACGGUGAAAAGGGUUUCUUUAUUAGACCCACUAUUUUCUCCAAUGUCAGACCAGACAUGCAAAUCCUGAGAGAAGAAAUCUUCGGUCCUGUUGUCACUUUCUCCAAGUUCAAGACCAUUGAUGAAGUUGUCGAAUCGGCCAACGAUUCCGACUUUGGAUUGGCUGCUGGUGUUCACACCUCCAACCUUAACACUGCGCUCAACAUUUCCAAGAGACUUAAUGCCGGUACUGUCUGGGUCAACACUUACAAUGACUUCAAUGCUAUGGUUCCAUUUGGUGGUUUCAACACCUCUGGUAUUGGCAGAGAGUUGGGUGUCGAAGCAUUGGACAACUACACCCAAACCAAGGCUGUCAGAAUCGGUUCUUUACAGAGUGACGCCAUUACCAUCAGAACUCGUAAGGUUAUUUCCAACCCAUUGUUGGCCAGAAGACAAUUCGUCAUCGACGUCUUGCACCCAAACAGAGCCAACGUCUCCAAGGACGAAUUACGUGAAAAGUUGGCUGAAAUCUACAAGGCUGAAAAGGAUGCUGUUUCCGUCUUCGACUUCAGAACCCAAUUCGGUGGUGGUAAGUCCACUGGUUUCGGUUUGAUCUACCAAUCCGUUGCCGACGCCAAGAAGUUCGAACCAAACUACAGAUUGGUCAGAUACGGUUUGGCUUCCAAGGUUGACAAGGCUGGUAGACAACAAAGAAAGCAAAAGAAGAACAGAGACAAGAAGAUCUUUGGUACUCAAAAGCGUGCCGCCAAGAGAGCUGCUAAGAGAAACGCUGAAUAA